AUGGAGCACGAUGCGGAUGGAAAACCCCAUUGGGAUGAACUACAUGGGAUCCUCACCUCAUCUUUCAUAGGGUUCGCUCUGUUGGAGUCCGGUUGCGUAAGUCGAACGGACGAGGCCUGCAUCACGUUGGGAAACGCAGCUGAGGUCGUUUUUGAAGUCUCGGCUAGCGGAUGCUCGUUCCCCGUUCCCUCGACAAUCGAAAUGAUUGUAGUCGGAUGCGACCAGCUGGGAAUCCUCCACGGAAUCCGGGAUUUUCUGUAUCAUAUUACUUCGGUAUUCGUAGGCACCGAGUUCCUCGGAAUAGAUGCGAGCAGCAAGUCCGUGGUAGCUUCCAGUGCUGUUUUCGUCGACGCGAAUGAGGCCAAUAUAAGAUCAGUGUUCUCGACAUACUUCUUCCGAGGACUUUCGUGCUCCCUCGCAGCCACCCACAUCGUCUCCGGAGCGAUGGCGGAGCGAACGAAUUUUUCGGCGUACUGUAUUUUUUCAUUUUGCAACACCCUCACAUAUUGCUUGCCAGCCGGUCGGAUAUGGGGAGAUCUGGGCUUCCUCAGAAGAAUGCGUGUUGUUGACCUCGCAGGUUGUGCUCCGGUGCAUCUCGUAGGCGGCGCAUCCGCAUUGGUAGCCGCAAUCUCCUUGAAACCUCGCCUGGGCCGUUACGAGUCAGGCCGAGCGAUGGGAAGUCCCACGAAUGCACUUGUGGGAAUGUUCAUGCUUUGGUAUGUUUGGCUGGCUUCCAAUCGCGGUGAAAUAUUCGGCGUAGGGGGUCAUGGAUAGAAAUUAGCUGCACCAUCGGCGAUUUUAACUCCGAACACUUCGGUCGGGGGAGCUCUUCUGGCCAUGUCGUAUACAUACGUGUUCUGCUGGCGAGUUUAUGAAUCGAUCCUCAUCAACAGGAUCUUGGCGUCUCCGCUCUCGCCUUCUCCUCGAGCGGGUUGCGCUCUCUUCGAAGCCCGAGAAGCGAUGGUCGUUGGAGCACUCGGUGCGCUAUCGGCUCUUUUGGUGAUGUCGCUUUCGGGCCGCCUUAGAAUCGAUGAUCCGGUUGGCUGUGUAGCUGUGCACUUCGGUGGCGCUAUAUGGGGGAUGCUGGCCGUUUCUCUUUUCGUUAGUAAGGACACCCUACUUCAUUCGAGUCGAGGCAAAGGGAUUUUGAGAGGUGGCGACAACAAUUCUCUCGUUGUGCGGACCCUCGGUAUCGUCCGUAUCGCUUCUCGGAGCGUCAUUACGAGCCUUAUCCUGCUCGACGUUAUAAAUCGUUUCAUUCCGCUGCGUAUGAGUCGAGAGCUAGAUGUUUCGAGGGCGGAUUUCAAGGAGCACGGGAUCCGUUACGGCAGAGAACACGGAGGCCUCUCCUCUGGGAACAAAACUAGCCUCCCGAAAUCCGGCCGCAAACCUCAGGGAGAUUCACCUUACGAGACGGUUCUCAUCGACCACGACGAAACGCGCAAGCACACCUUCGCUGGGAGUCUCGUCUCGCCUUCUCUUCCAAAGGGACCUCACCUAUAUUGCGGGAUUAAGGAUGAAAUCCGACGCUUUCUUCAAGCUGGGAGCGACUGA